AACGCGUGGAAUCUCUCCUUUGUUAAUUUCAAAGUGAAAAUAUAAAUAUGCUAAAAUAUCUCCUCCCAAAACUUCCAUUCCGAUAUCAAUCUGACUUUCUCUGUAACCUUAGUUUGUUCCACAGAAGUGAUUAUUGGUUGAGAAAACAUGGGGAAGGACAAGCAUAAGCCUGAUGAUAAGGGUCUGUUUUCACAUCUUGCUCAUGGUGGUCAUGGACACCCUCCUGGCGGAUAUCCACCGGCUGGAGCGUACCCCCCUCAAGGCUAUCCACCAGCUGGCUACCCUCCUCAAGGAGGAUACCCCCCUCACGGCUAUCCACCAUCUGGCUAUCCUGGUGCAUCCCAUUCAGGGCACAGUGGCAUGGGAGCGCUGCUUGCAGGUGGUGCAGCAGCUGCCGCAGCUGCUAUGGGGGCUCACCACGUGUCUCAUGGUGCUCAUGGUGCUCAUGGUGCUUAUGGCGCUCAUGGGUUUGGUCAUGGUCAUCAUGGGAAGUUCAAACAUCAUGGUGGUGGGAAGUUUAAGCAUCAUGGGGGGAAAUUCAAGCACGGGAAGCAUGGGAAAUUUAAGCACGGAAAGCAUGGAGGCGGCAAAUUCAGGAAGUGGAAGUGAUGUUACUGCCCGCAAAAGCAUGGAGAAUUGGGGGUCAAAACUGAAUGAAUGAAUGUAAUAAUAAUUUGACUUCAACUGCUUUGUAUUGAAUAAUCACAGACUUGUUUUUCUUUCUUUUUAAUUGUUGACAUAUAACAAUAACAACAUUUGAUUCAA